AUGGCUGCGGCUGCGGGCGAUAGCAACGGCGACAAAUCGGUGAAGGCGAACGCGGUACAGCCAAAGCGACGAGAGCUCUUGCAUAAUCCUGGAUUGUCGCUUGAGUGGAAGCCCCAUGAAGAGUCGGCGCUGGAAGAUUUGCUGGAAAAAUAUGCCUCAGAAAGCACGCCUACCGUUUAUGUUAGAAUUGCUCAAGCUUUAAGAAGCAAGACAGUUCGGGAUGUUGCAUUACGCAUCAUAUGGAUGAAGAAAAAGGAGAAUGGCAAGAGAAAGAAAGAGGAUAUUGGUUCAUCGAGGAAAAAUGAAUGCAAAAAGGAAAAAGGUUCAGAUGCAUUGCCGGAAUCAUCUCAAGUAGCAAACCAUGUCAAUGGACUUGCAGUGGACGUGGACAGUGUUGACAGAUUGAAUGCUAUCGAUGAUCCUGCUAGACAGAUUCUCAGGAAUAAUGCUUGUGCCUUGGAUCAAAUUUCUAACAACUUGUCUGCUUGCAAGCUUGAUGAGAACAUCCGCCUCUUCACUGAAGCCCGAGCUAAUAUCAAUUUAAUCUUAAAAGAGUACGUCCAAAAGCCCCGAGGUGAUAUCAAUUUAAUCUUAAAAGAUUUGAGGUUGGAAGACACGGAAGAAUUUAAGCAGUGGAUGCCGUUUUUUCCGGUCAAGCUGAACGACGACCUGGCCAACUCCAUUCUCCCUCCCUUGAACACAGAUGCAAAUCAAACAGCUUGAUCUUAGGGUUUCACUAGUUUAUAUUAGUACUUCAUUAUGCACAAUAGGUUCAUUCAUUAUCCAUAAUAUUACUUUUACUGCAAGAAUAAAGCUUUGUAAACACUAAACAGUGUUUAGAAUUGGAUUCGUGAAGGGUUA